AUGGAGUCUCUCAAAGACACUACUACUGGAAAAGAUUUGUUCAACAGUGUCAUUAACAGUUCAAUCAGGUCUGGAUUAACCCUAAAUAAACUGGCCAGCAUUACAACCGAUGGAGCUCCUUCACUCACCGGUAAAUAUUCCGGCCUUGUGAAGUUGUUGAAUGACAAAAUCAAAGAUUUUCCACUACACAGUGUGUUGUCUUUUCACUGCAUCAUACAUCAAGAAAGCCUUUGUAAGUCAUCUUUAAAACUCAAACAUGUCAUCGAACCUGUGGUGCGUGCAGUGAAUUUAAUAAGAUCACGGGGAUUGAAACACAGGCAAUUCCGAAGUUUCUUGGAGGAUGUGGAGGCUGAUUUUACUGAUGUGCUGUACUACACAAAUGUCCGCUGGUUAAGCAUUGGAAAAGUUCUUAAGAGAGUAUGGGACCUCAAAGCAGAGAUUCUUAUGUUUCUCAAAAUGCAAGACAUCUCCUGUGACUUUUUAAACGAAAUGGAGAGUGACGAAUGGGUUUGUGAUUUUGCAUUUGCUGUGGACAUAAUGCAGAAGCUGAAUGAACUUAACACAAAACUGCAAGGCAACGGUAUAUUUGCUCAUGAAUUGUACCUGGAAGUGAAAGCUUUUCAAUGGAAGCUUGGACUUUUUGCCAAGCAGCUGAAUGAGCAAAAAUUUAUUCACUUCCCUCUGCUGAAAACACAGUCUGUUACACAAGAAUCAUCGGACAAGUACAGUUCCCAGUUGAUGGCUUUACAAAAGGAAUUCAUUAGAAGAUUUGCUGAUUUCAAGGCAGUUGAAGGCCUGUUCGAUUUGCUUAACUCACCUCUUGUCUGUGACAUUGAAACAACUACCGAGGAACUGCAGAUAGAACUGAUUCAUUUGCAAGCCGACAAUUCUUUAAAGAUGAUGUUUGAAAGUAAACCACUGGUCGAGUUUUAUGCUUCUCUACAUUCAAAAAAGUUUCAAAAUCUUAAAAAAUUUGCAAGAAAGAUGUUUGUGUUGUUUGCAUCAACUUACAUAUAUGAGCAGACUUUCUCCAUCAUGAAAAUUAACAAGGGGAAGAAUCGAUCACUUCUCACAGACUCAAAUCUUCAGUCAGUGUUAAGAAUCAGCACCAGCAACUUGACACCUAAUUUUGACAAACUGGUAAAUGACAGUAGUCAGCUGCAUCAUUCUCAUUGA